AUGCUUGCUUCCCAAAACAGCGGAGACCGCGAAGCCACGAUUUGUCGCGCCUUGUUGGGGUCUGCCAAUGCAAUUAUGAAGGUGUUGGCUUCCGCAGCCCUGGUCGUCUUGGUGGCCGCGGAGCUGCCAUGCUCAGCAAGGACUGGCGAAUGUGCGACGCAGGAAGACUCUGACUUCGUCGGGCUCACCGAGGCGAAUGAUACGGCAAAUCGCGUGCCUCCACCCGACUUGGCGUUGACAGUCAAGGGGAUUUCUAUGGACACCCCCAAGAUCUUGGUGCUCCUCAUGUUCGCAACAGCGAUGGUGUCAUGGAUUCUCGCCACCGUCAAGUGGGCUGUGGAUGGUUCACUGCCUGCCAGGCUUGCGGUGUGGGGCCUGCUGCCGGAGGCUUUCGCAGCCAUCAGCGUGCGCUCGGUGGCUGCAUUGCUACGCUUGAAGAGCGGCUCCACGCCGGUGCUCGCGCUGAAGACCUGUGUCAGCGAUAGCAACGUGCAGGACUUGGCCGAGGCUCUGCGUCGCCACGGCAAGCAGGCAGAGCUGCAGUCUCUGGAGCUUCCCUACAACCACGAGCUUACCGAAACAGGUGUCCAGCAGCUGGUUGAGGCAGUCACCGAAGGAGGGGUAGAACUGGAGGAGCUGGAUCUCUCCUUCAAUGCGCAAUUAGGUGAUGGCGCAGUGCGGGUCGUGCUGCCACUGUGCAUGCCGCCCUUCCGAGUCUCGACGCUGAGGCUGGUGGACUGCUCCUUGGGCUGCGACGCUCUGAAGCUGCUGGCGCAGCAUGCGACAAGGCUUCGGCUGAACGUCCUGCACCUUUCGGCGAACAAGUUCACCGGACUUGGUGACAUCUUGGUGGAGGUUAUGGAAGCCCCAGUGCUGGAGGACCUGGCUUUGGUACACUGUGCUCUUUCACUAGAGGAUCUCACGAGUGUUGCGGAGCAGCUGCCGUACACCUCCUUAAAGUCCAUCCAGCUGGCGAGCAACCAAAUCGAUGGGACCGGUCUCAAGGUUCUUGCGGAGCAGCUCCCGAAGUCGCAGCUGGACGAACUCGGGCUGGAGCAGAACCUCUUGAAGUCGGAGGACUUGAGCUGUCUUGGCACCGCCUGGGCAAAACGGCCGUUCUCGCGGCUGCGGCUUGGCGGGAAUGCCGUGGAAAAGGAAGAGGUGGCGAACUUCAUCAAAACCCUGCGCCUGCUUCAAGCAUGA